AUUCAGUGUUCUUUGCAUUGGGAAAGUUUUCUGAAUAGAGGAAGAAUCCUGAAGUAGUUAAUUGUUUGUCUUACCCCUUGUUCGUAGGAAUCAUGGAUCAUGGCAACCACACAUGGACCCAGAAUUUUAUCCUUAAUGGUUUCACUACCACUGGAACUCUGCGACUUCUUGCAUUCUCAGGGACCCUGUGCAUCUAUCUGCUCACCCUGGCAGGGAACUUGUUCAUCAUUGUCCUCAUUCAAGCAGAUUCUGGACUAUCCACACCCAUGUACUUCUUCAUCAGUGUCCUCUCCUUCUUGGAACUCUGGUAUGUCAGCACCACAGUGCCCACACUGCUGCAUACCUUGCUCCAUGGACAUUCACCCAUCUCAUCAGCUGUGUGCUUCAUCCAGUUAUAUGUCUUCCAUUCCUUGGGCAUGACUGAGUGUUAUCUGUUGGGUGUCAUGGCGUUGGACCGCUACUUUGCCAUCUGUCGCCCACUCCACUACCAUGUGCUCAUGAGCAGGCAGAUACAGUUAUGGCUAGCAGGGACCACUUGGGUGGCUGGCUUCUCAGCUGCACUUGUGCCAGCCAGCCUCACAGUCUCUCUGCCCUUCUGUUUAAAAGAGGUGGCCCAUUACUUUUGUGACCUGGCCCCACUAAUGCGAUUGGCGUGUGUGGACACAAGCUGGCAUACUCAGGUCCAUGGGGCAAUAAUUGGUGUGGCCACUGGGUGCAACUUUGUGCUCAUUUUAGGACUCUAUGGGGGUAUCCUGAGAGCUGUGCUGAAGCUGCCCUCAGCUGCCAGCCGUGCCAAGGCCUUCUCUACCUGUUCCUCCCACAUAACUGUAGUGGCACUCUUUUACGCUUCUGCCUUCACAGUGUAUGUGGGGCCACCUAGGAGUCACCCUGAAGGCACAGACAAACAUAUUGCUUUGGUAUAUGCCCUUCUUACUCCUUUCCUCAAUCCUAUCAUCUAUACCCUUCGCAACAGGGAGGUGAAGGAGGCCAUGAAGAGGAUCACUGUCAGGAUCAGGACUAUUUUGAAGGAAUGCUGACAAUCUUUAUUGUCAUAGCCCAGCUUCCCGGUAACUGCAGGAAUCAGCCAGUUGGUUAGUUGAUCAUCUGGUCAGAGUUAAAGUAAAUGCCAGUGAAAUAAUCAGUCAACUCAUUUGUCAAACAUGCUGCAAACACUUACUCAGGAAGAGAUGGUCCUGGAUUAAUCAGAGUUUGAAUAUGUACAGAGAAAGGAGAUAUGUCUUUGAUUUCACCCCAAUCCAAAGGGGAGAGAAAUGUGACAAAGGAGGAAAAUAACAGAGACACAGCACAAAUGGUUUUGCUGAACUUAUAACUUAGAGAGACAGUGUAAUACUGAGACAAAGAAGAAAAACUAAAGGUGAGAGUGGGGGCUUUUGUCAAGAUAGGAUUUCCAGAGAAGGAUUGAAAAGGUGAAAAACAUGUUUGGAAAAAAGAGACUAAAAUUCUAACUUGCCUAGGUUUCAGAUGUGAAACAGUGAGCCGUGGGGAGAAAGCUUAGUAUAGUGGAAUCCAGUGAUCUGGGGUUAUCAUAUGAUCAAAGGUAGCUCAGGGGAGGAGAGAACAGUUCCACCAGGCAGGAGGCUGGAAGCUAGAGAUAAUAAUUUACUCUCUAAUGGGGAAAGAGAAAAGUAUUGGAUGAAGGUGUUGUCUGAGUUCUCUUCUAAUAUCAUGGAAUACACCUUUGAAAUCAU